GCACAGCGUGCCGUGGCGUUACUUGGGUUUUUUAGUUUACCAAAUUGGUUCGUGUCGUGUAGGUUGUGCGUGCAGUAGGUGCGCUGCCGGAAAAUGCAGUAAAUACCAGCAGCAAAAGUGUUUCCUUCCUUAGCGAAAUAGCAUGUCAACAUUUUAAAGAUACACAACUAUUCAAAAAGCAUAAAAUGUGAAUCGCGACUGUUUUUUGUUUUCUUCAAUCCAGUGCAGUUUGUUUGUUUUGUACGUAAAUCGUGUGUAUAUUAGUUUCGCUGUGCCUAUAUGAAGUAUGAAAUGUGUAACUAUGUUACUAGUUGAAGUGCAAUAAUCGUUAGCAGUAUUGAUGUGCCGUAGCAGAAUCACAGAGAAGAGAUUGAUGCACUCUUCUGCCACGGUUUGCGCAGGCUGUGUGUGUGUUUGUGUUGCGUUUAGGUGCAUGUGUGGUUACACAGUGUGGCGUGUUGCAGUGCAGUUACCAGCUGCCGAUCUUUUAUGUUGAAGUAUAUUUAGUGCUGCACGUGUGCGCGUGGUGAAUCUGCGUGAAGGUAGAUUCCACUUCAUCACUGCUCCUCCGCCCGGCUCCUGCACUGGUGGAACAGUGGAUAGGCACUGAGAAUCCCGUAAAUUUGAAAGAAAUGUCCGUUGUCAGCUUAAACAGAAUGUUCCGGGGGAAGAUUCGCACCAACACCUGCCGUAUCGUAGUGCUCACCUCACUCGUGUGGCUGCUGAUCGAUGUGAUACUGAUAGUGAAAUAUGCCGACUGUCCCAGUACCGGUGGCGGAUCAAGCUGGCUCUGCAAACGGAACGGCGACGGCUAUGAUGUUGAGGUGCCAAAUGCAGCCCGCCAGUCGCAGCAACAACGCCGGGCGGCUGCCCCCGAGGACGACGAUCCCAUCGUGGACGCGGAGGAGAUUGACACCAACUCGAACAACUUCGGCGACCCGGGCGGCUACGGUGGCGGCGGCGGCGGCGGGGGUCGCGAUGCCGACAGUUCAAUGCCUCGCACGUACCGGCCGCAGGAGCUGAAGAAGUGGCGGCAGGCACCAACGGUCGCCGAAAACUAUGGUCGUCCCGGUGAAAUGGGUAAACCAGUAAAAAUUCCAGCGAACCAGCAGGAGCUGAUGAAGGAAAAGUUCAAAGAAAAUCAAUUCAAUCUCCUCGCCAGUGACAUGAUCUGGCUGAAUCGAUCGCUCACCGAUGUGCGCCAUCACGACUGCAAAAAGAAACACUACCCGGCGAAGCUGCCAACGACCUCCAUUGUGAUCGUGUUCCACAACGAAGCCUGGAGCACGCUGCUCCGCACGAUAUGGAGUGUGAUAAAUCGGUCGCCCCGGCCACUGCUGAAGGAAAUCAUCCUCGUCGAUGAUGCGAGCGAGCGGGAACAUUUGGGCCGCCAGCUGGAGGAGUACGUCCGCACGCUGCCGGUACCGACGUUCGUCCUCCGGACCGGCAAACGGUCCGGGCUGAUCCGUGCCAGACUGCUCGGUGCCAAACACGUCAAGGGGCAAGUGAUCACAUUCCUGGACGCGCACUGCGAAUGUACCGAGGGCUGGCUGGAGCCACUGUUGGCGCGCAUCGUGCUGGACCGCAAGACGGUCGUCUGUCCCAUCAUCGACGUGAUAUCGGACGAAACGUUCGAGUACGUGACGGCGUCCGACCAGACGUGGGGAGGCUUUAACUGGAAGCUAAACUUCCGCUGGUACCGUGUGCCGGCGCGGGAAAUGCAGCGACGCAAUCACGACCGCACGGCACCGCUGCGGACGCCCACGAUGGCCGGUGGACUGUUUUCGAUCGAUCGGGACUACUUCUACGAAAUCGGCUCGUACGACGAGGGCAUGGACAUUUGGGGUGGCGAAAAUCUGGAAAUGUCAUUCCGGGUCUGGAUGUGCGGUGGUACGCUCGAGAUUGCGCCCUGUUCCCGCGUGGGCCACGUUUUCCGGAAGUCGACGCCGUACUCGUUCCCGGGCGGCACCUCGCAGAUAGUUAACAAAAACAAUGCACGGCUCGCCGAAGUGUGGCUCGAUGGUUGGAGUGAAUUUUACUACAACAUUAACCCAGGUGCCCGGAAAGCAUCCGCAGGUGAUGUCAGUGAGCGACGGGCGCUUCGAGAGCGUCUGAAGUGCAAGAGCUUCCGCUGGUAUCUGGAAAACAUCUACCCCGAAAGUCAGAUGCCACUGGAUUACUACUUCCUCGGCGAGAUUCGCAACGUGAAAACGCACAACUGUCUCGACACGAUGGGCCGCAAGUCGAACGAAAAGAUUGGCAGCAGCUACUGUCACGGGCUGGGCGGCAACCAGGUGUUUGCGUACACGAAGCGCCACCAGAUCAUGUCGGACGACAACUGUCUCGAUGCGUCGAACGCGCUCGGACCGGUCAAUCUGGUCCGGUGCCACGGGAUGGGCGGCAAUCAGGAGUGGAUCUACGACGAUGAGGAAAAAACGAUCAAGCACGUUAACAGUGGCAACUGUUUGACGCGCGCAUCGGACGACGACCCAUCGACACCGCUGCUGCGGCCGUGCAACUACUCCGAAGGCCAGCAGUGGCUGAUGCAGUCCAAGUUCAAGUGGCAAGCGCACCACGGCGACAACCGUAUCGGUGAGGACAGAUAAGACGCACUGUACCGUGUUCGAUCCGGUGUCGUACAGCGCCCGUCCGGCCAGCGGCAAACCGGCACCAUCGAACGCUACGGAAGCAACAUCGGUAGCAGUGGCAGUAGCGAUAGCAGCAGUAGUAGCAGCAGCAGCAGCAGCAGCAGCCGAAGCCGUAACAGCAGCAGUAACCACAACUAUCAAGCAACUAUCAAGCGUGCACACACGGGUGGUGGUGUCGGUAUGAUGCCGACAAACCGUUGAAUGCAUCGAUCAAUCCACUGUGCAGCAGUGUAGGUGAUGUAAAAUUUGUACGGGAAGUAAUAAGACGAACUCUCGAACUCGUCCUGCCAUUUGUAUUCCCCCUGGUGUUCCUGGUGCCGUGACACGGGUAACUAGUGUGAAGCGUGGAGAGAGGGAAUGUAUCAUUAUGACAGGACACUGGACUCCCUCUCCCCGCUUCGAUCCCUGCCAAUCUGUCUGUCUGUCAGCGGGCGCUAUCAAACGGCCCAACGAAAGUGGGGGCAGCCGUUACAGCGCGUCCGUCUCCUGUGAGAAUUCCAUUUUUGUAGUAUAAUUUUUAUUCGCACACUGCACCGGUUGCGUCCAGUCUGACGGUGUACGUUAAGCACAUAGGUUUUAAUGGUCCAAUUGUUAUUGUUUGUCGCACACUUGUAAUUGUUCGUUUAACGUUGUUUCUUCCAUUGGAUCCUUCCGUUCGGGGCAGCAUUAAGCUUAGAUUGCUUUGAAGCUGCUGUAACUACCUGACUGUCGUUUCGGGAUUUUGUUUUCUUCUAUAAGUACCAACAAACUCCAGCCACUGAUUCAACUCCCGGAAGUCGAAGAAAAUUAACACACACACACAAACAAAAAAUACAUAUCAGUUUGUAGUGAAGCACGCACCAGCCCACUCUAAAUCCUUUUUUUGCAAUGCUUAGGCUAAUUGUUUUAUCAGUUACCUUGUUUUAUGUUUUAUUCCAUGUGUUAUUAAGGAAGGGUGCGAUGGAUAGACCCUCCCGGGAAGAAGAGAAAACAAAAACUUUAACAAACAAAAACAAAAAACCGCAAUGUUGGACCAUUUGCAUUUAUAGAAAGCACGCGCAUAGAGAGAGUGAAUGUGUCGGAUGAUGGGGGAAGAAGAAAAGUGGCAACAUGCACGGAAUUGAUGUCGAACUAAGCGGACGAAUGAUCGCUUGAUAACGGUCGACCACGUGCAGCGUAAGUGCACGAUGCUGAGCCCCGCGGCACACCACAUCCGUCUUGUACAUACAAUAUAUCAACCAGAAAGGGAAGCAAAUAGGGUAGACAUACACAUACACACACCACAGAGUAAAUGGGUGCCGAUGCAGGAUAAAGGAUAAACAAAAACGAUCACCACCUAUCAGUGGGAAAUGAUAUCAUUUAUUUGUAGUAGAUGGCGCGAUCCCUUUAAAAUAAUCACGUAACACGAGAGUGUGCAAGAAUGUGAAAUGUUUCUUGUGGUAUUGAAGGUAAAAAAAACUCAAGUAAGCAACUGUGAGGGAGUAGUAAUCGAAAUGAUAGGAUGAGUAAAAUGGAGAAACGUGAUCAAGUACCGCACAGUCUCUCUCCUGAGUGAAUAAGUAAACCUGCAAAUGUGAAUGUAAAUCACACACACAACUAAAAACAAGAGCGCGUGCGAAGAAGAAGGAGCUGAAGGGGGAAAAACGGUUAAGAAAUGUCAUGAAUGGCAAAUGAUAUAUACAUAUAGAUAUAAUAAUUUGUAAAAAAACAGAGAUAUUAGAAGAGACUUCUCAAGAGAAUUUUUUUGCCUCGAAAGCGGAGAGAAAAGGAGACGGAAGUGUGCGAAACGCAACUAUCAUUGAACAAGAGGCAUGGCACUGUCUAGUGGCGCACAAUCGAGCACUACCGUACACACAUAUCGUUUGUACGGGGCGUGCGUAUGUAAGAAAACAAGGCAACAAAACAAGGAACAAACAAACAAACAAAAAAGAAACAAAUGUCCCGCUACGGAGUGACAAAAAACAAACCAAUAUCCCCGGGCUGGCCAAGCAAAACAAUCGACACACCGCUAUCGUUUAAAGGGGGGAUGUGUGUGACCGUGUUGGCACACAGAAACACAGUUUUAAUUAGUUCUUCCAUUCGUUUUAUGCUUUAACACUUUAAUUCCACCUUAGUAGCAGCAACAAUCAGAUGUUCUUCGCACGACGACUGAGCUUGCACGCUCUUGCGGCGCUCAUCGCAGCGACCUUUGAAGGGAAAUACUGCAGUCGAUUGCGAUAUUAUACUGUUUCGUAGAAUGAUUUAAACCCCGAUAGUUGUAACGCCCUUUUUCGGUGGAUGCUCAAGAAGGGGACCUAUUUUAAAACAAUUCUAUAAGACCGAUAAGUUAACAUCGCGCGGAGCGUAAUGCUCUGUUUUAAGUCGUCCAAAAAUGUGCUUGAAAAGAGAGACAGAGAGAGUAUCAUUUUUAUUGGAAAAGCACGGUCCACUCGCUCACUCGCUUUUUAUAUGGUUUGUGCUUUUUUUUUUGUUAGGGUUAGCAUUUUAUUGGACAAACAAAAACAAUCCUCAUUAUGUGGAAAGCUUUUCUUUCCAAGAGAAACAGAAAGUUCGAUAAAAUAACAGCAUAAGGUUCGUUUUGCUGCUUUCCUGUACUAAUCCCUAAGCUGGAUUGCUUUUAUCCUUAUCCUAUAUAUCUUUAAUCUUUCAGGGUGAUGGUGUGCAAUUUAUUAAGUUUUAGAAAAAAUCAUUUGUUUUACGAACACAAUUUCAACGUUUUUUUUUUUAUUAUUAUUAUAAUAUACUUGUAACUUUAUACCAACUAAGUGAAGAACAAGCUGUGUUUAUACAGUGGCAGGCAUUAUCAGUCUGUUGGUCCUAUUAAUUGUAUGUUUUUUUCUUUUUCUUCUUUGUUUGUUUUUGUAACAAUUAAACAAAAUGUGUAGAAAACGAAUGUGCAUUAGUCGGUCUUUGCAGAAGAAGAAGUCCUUUCUCCUUCCCCAUCGGUACGCUCCUUCUCCUCUGUGUGUUUUAAUCAGUUGUUUGUUUUUUUUUUUAUUGCUCAACCACACCACAGUACAGCUGCUUAACGCUUCAGUAUUAAAUGUAUAACGUCUGAAACAAUUAGAAAUACAUUUUAGCCUUCGUUCAGGAUGUUUGCAGUAUGCCAGUUGUGUAAAAACCAAUCAGUAGCACAGUUCAGAUACAUUCCUUACUAAGGUGUUUUACGCUUUACCAUAAAUCCAAUAGGAAAUGUGCGCCAGAUCCCAGAUCAGAUUUCUGUCCACCUAUUGGAUGUUCUUAUACCUAGCGAGAGCUUUUAUUUUUCAUUUUUUUUUUCGCUACAGCAGUUCU